ACUUGUAUAUUCACUACAGUGGUUGCCUGUCCCCCAAGAGAGUGUGGCUUCUGCUCUCUCUCCUCCGAUCCGGUGGCCAAGGUGGGCAGCUUUCCCCGUACCCACGGAGGCCUCUGAAACACCUGCGUAGGAGGAUCCUUUGAUCAAACCUUGUUUCGAAAACCCUGCAAAUAUUGCUCGAGGCUUAAAGAUUUGAUCUUGGACGGGUUUCCGACGCUUUUGUGUCUUAUGUUACGUGCGACCGGAAGAGAAGGAUUGGACUUGAAUUUGAUCGCCGCAUCUGGUGUUUGUGAGGUGGGCUGAGAGAGGAUUCCAUCUUGAGAUGCUUGCCUGGAAUUUAUUAGGUUCGAGAUUGUUGAUCCGGGCCACUUUUCUUCCCUUUUCUCCGAGAUCAUUGUGCGCAAAGAUCGAUCUCGGAAGAAACGGGCGUUUUUGCAAUCCCUAUAUUCUCAAUGGUUUAUAUAGUCUUCAAUUCUAUUUUGAGCAUCCUGUCUAGAGAUUCAAAGCAUGGGGCCUUAUUUUCUGGUUAUCAGGUUUCACUUUCAAUGGCAAUUAGCCUAUGCAUGCUUGAUUGCUCACAGAUCAGUUUGAUGUGGGCCUAGCAUGUGUGAUGAGGCUUUCGGAGACACAGGGGAAUCACUGAGGAUCAACGCAAUCCAAGAAUUGGCCAUGGCCAUGGAGAGAAAUUUAUGCAACCACUUACCUUGUUGUAAUCCAUCUCCUCUCCAACCAGUUGCAUCUGGUUGUCAGCACUCUGAAAGUAAUGCUGCAUUCUUUUCAUGGCCUACCUCUACUCUAAUGCAUGGUGCUGCUGAAGAUCGAGCUAAUUAUUUUGGGAACCUUCAGAAAGGUGUACUGCCGGGACGUCUUGGCCAUCUGCCAAAUGGGCAGCAAGCCACAACACUACUUGAUUUAAUGACAAUAAGAGCAUUCCACAGCAAAAUCCUUCGUCGUUUCAGUCUUGGAACAGCAAUAGGCUAUCGAAUCAGGAAGGGGACAUUGACUGACAUUCCAGCAAUUAUUGUUUUUGUUGCACGGAAAGUUCACAAGAAAUGGCUCAGCCAUGACCAAAUCCUGCCAUCUGCCCUUGAGGGAUCAGGAGGUGUAUGGUGUGAUGUGGAUGUUGUGGAAUUUUCUUAUUAUGGUGUACCAACACCAACCUCCAAGGAACAAUUGUACAAUGAGCUUGUAGAUGGUUUACGAGGCAGUGACCCGUGCAUCGGUUCAGGGUCUCAGGUUGCGAGCCAAGAGACAUAUGGGACUUUAGGUGCCAUCGUGAAAAGUCGUACAGGCAACAGACAAGUUGGUUUCCUAACAAACCGGCAUGUUGCAGUUGAUCUGGACUAUCCUAAACAAAAGAUGUUUCAUCCCUUACCACCCAACCUUGGACCUGGAGUCUACCUAGGUGCUGUUGAGAGGGCAACAUCUUUCAUCACGGAUGAUGUUUGGUAUGGGAUUUAUGCUGGAACAAACCCAGAGACCUUUGUUCGAGCCGAUGGGGCAUUUAUAACCUUCGCUGAUGACUUUGAUAUGUCUAGUGUUACUACUUCAGUGACAGGACUGGGUGAGAUUGGAGAUGUUAAGGUUAUAGAUCUGCAAUCAUCAAUCAAUGGCCUAAUAGGGAGACAGGUGGUGAAGGUUGGAAGAAGCUCUGGAUUGACAAAUGGAAUUGUUAUGGCUUAUGCUCUUGAAUACAAUGAUGAGAAAGGGAUAUGCUUCUUCACAGAUUUACUUGUCGUGGGUGAGAAUCAGCACACAUUUGAUCUGGAAGGUGACAGCGGGAGCCUAAUAAUCCUGACAGGACAAGAUGCUGAGAAACCUAAACCUAUAGGUAUCAUUUGGGGUGGGACUGCGAAUAGGGGGAGGUUGAAGCUUAAAAGUGGCCAUGCUCCUGAGAAUUGGACCAGUGGAGUUGAUCUGGGUCGUCUUCUUGAUCUUUUGGAACUUGAUCUUAUAACAACAAGCGAAGGACUUCAAGAUGCACUACAGGAUCAAAGAUUUGCUUUAGCAGCUGCUAUCAAUUCCAAUGUUGGCAAAUCAUAUCCAACCGUAGGGAACCUUCCAAAUGAAAAGGCUAAUGAGAUAUAUGAGCCCCUAGGCAUUAACAUUCAGCAGUUCCCUCCUGAAGGUGCUUCUGGUUCAGGAGCUGAUGCACCUUUAGUAGCUAUCGAGUUUCAGGUGGAUACGGUUGAGGUUGCAAACAAUGUGGAAGAGCAUCAUUUUAUCCCGAACUUACUUAGCAUGUCUCCUAAUCAUCGCACUGAAGAAGGCAAUCUGGAAAGGAAGAAUGUGUCUGCACUAAUAAACUUAUCCGGUGAAGACGUUUGCGUUUCACUGCACUUGGGGGGAUCAAGAACCUAAGAGACGGCAUUCUGAUCAACAUGGAGAAAAGAAUUUUUUUAAAAGAAGCAGCUAAGUGUCAUAUGUGAACUACUUUUUUGAGUAUUAUUUACAGAAGAUAUCAAUAUGGCAUGGAUGUGAAGUCAAAUUAGGGUUAAUUUUGCAUUUUCUGAUAGCUUUGGAUUGAAGAAAGGCAAUUCUCAAGGAAUCUCUUGGGUUACAAAGGAUGAGUGGAGCCACAAAGUCAAAAGGAUGGCAUUCUUGAUUCUACCUCUGCAGAAACCAGAAAGUGUCUCUUUUUAUUUUGUCUCAGGAAAACAGGGCCUUUAUUACAGAAUGUCUUGACCUGCAGACGCCCAGGAUGUUGAAGAUUAAGGCAAAUCCAACUUUUCACAGGGAUUUAUUCGAUCAUAUGCGAAUCCCCAGCUGCCAAAUUUGACUCUCAACUUGCUCUCCCUGUCACCACGGCAAUUCAUCUGAUACUUGCAGUAUGGAUCUGAUAGAUAAUUCAAGGUUUCGAUGGUUACUGUUGUUGGCUCCACUUCCAGUUUUCUGCGAGUAAUUAAUAUACACUGCAAGUUAUCAUCAGGAAGUUGAUGGAUUGACAUGAAUGGUCUGCCUGGGAAAAAUGUGUUCAGAUCUGGUGCAAUUACUCAUUCGUAUUUCGAGCAAUCAAAAUGAACUGGGUAAGGAGUUUCAUGUUCUUCAAAGUAUGGAUGAUCUUGAUGUUACUACCAAGUAUGUUUGUUAUAUGGAGCUUCAGCCCCCAACAUUCAUCACAGCAAUGCCUCUCUUUCUUUCUUUCUUUCUUUUUGCUGUUUCAGGAAUUCCUUGUAGCAAGCACUGAACAAUCAUGGUUUAAAGCUCUCUUGGAAAUAAGAAAAAGAUCAAUCUGUGAAA